AUGGAUUCAAAUAACAGCUCAAAAGACUCACCUCCCGAUGAAAUAAUAGCAUCAUUAACUCCAAAGAUACUAUAUAAUUACGAAUUUGAUAAUAUUGUACAAGGAUUUUACGUAAUGGGACCUGAUCCGUUAGAUUUAAAAUCAAAGCCAAAAAUUUUAUACUCGUGUCCAUCAAAUUGUCCAGAAGAUAUAUUACUUUCAUAUUGUUUUCCUUCAGAGGCUAAUGAUACAUCUAUAUUAAAUGAUCCUGAGAAAUUUAUUCAACACACUAUCACAGAACCAAUCCAGAGAGAAAUGCAAUUCUUUGUAAUAUACUGUCCUUAUGCAAAAUUCGCUCCUUAUUUCUUUUGCUGCAAAUAUCGCGCAAAUUUAUUUAAUAUGCCAACAUUCUCGCAUAAUUUAAGUUUUGAUCAAAUGUUUGAGUAUUCACAACUUACAAAUUUACCAACUUUCGAUAUUUGUCUUGCAAUUCGAGUUCAUCAGCCAAAUCACGACUUAUUCUUAGGUUUAUUAGAAUGGAUAUUACGUUGUGAAAGCUUUGGAAGAGCUCAAGCAAUCACAACUUUCAUGGAAAAUUAUUCGAAUAUUAAAGACUACGAAUCAACGAAAAAACAGUUUCCAGUAUCAGAUGCAUGGCCAGAAGAACACAGAAAAUCGAUGUUUACCUUAAUUAAUAAACUAUUUAGGACAAAAUUUACUCAAUCGACAGAAAACUUUGAUUUCUCACACGAAUCAUUCCCAAAGCUUCAGUGGUCAAGACAGUACUUCGGACGUCAAGAUUACCAACUAACUGUCUUCUCUCUUAACGGAGUUUUGAAAAUUUUGUCAAUUGACACUUUUUUGACAUUUUUGACUUCACUUUUACUUGAAAAACGCAUUAUUAUAUCCUCCUCUAACAUCACAAGUGUUUCUUUAAUCAUUCUUGCAGCCAAUUUGAUGAUUUAUCCACUUAAACUUUCAGUUCCAACAUUUUCAGUUAUUCCAAUUUCAAAAUUCGAAAAAUUGAAGGAAAAGAAGAGUUUUGUUGUCGGAAUAACAGAGGAACUAACAGAUAUACCUGAUGAUUGUUUGUAUAUUAAUGUACAUGGUGAAGAAUCAUCAAUGAAAUCAUCAUUUUCAGAAGAAAUUCCAAAAUUGCCAGAAAUUGAAAAAAUCAAACAAAAUUUGGAAGACAAUUUGUGGUUUGACGCAGAUAAGAAGAGGAAUGUCGCGUGCGCACAGUUAUUAGACUUCUUGACUGGAUAUAUUCGCGGAAUUUUGAUGCCAGUUGAAGAUUGUUUUGACGAAAAUUUCGAUUUUGAAUUAGAAACUUUUGAAUCUUUCUUCAUGGAAGAAUCGAAACCAUUCAUUGAUUCAUUGAUUAAGACAAAGAUAUUCAAGAACUAUGUUGAUUAUAUGAAGAAUAUCCAAUCAUCUUGUUUUUGA